AUGGCUCUGUCCUAUGUUAAUUCUCCAGAACUUGCAUUCAAAGUCAUCGAAGAAUACGAAAUUAAGACUAACAGCCAAUUUGUUCAUUACAGUGGGCCAUCACCAAAGAGAUUUGGUUCAUCAGACUGGAAAGUUUCAAACAAAAAAAUCAGGUGGCAGCAACGAACUGAUACUUCAUUUGGACGCCUAGAGUUUGAUGGGGUGCCCUUUAUGACCUAUAGUGAACUCAUCCUGGAUUGUCGCCACGGGCCUGACAGGAAUAAAGCCCUUAAGGCGAAACUAGCUGCCGCUAAAGCUAAAAAGAUUGAGGUUGAUUCCAAGAAUGCUCGGAGAAAUCAAUCCACAAAACUGAGAAAUGAUAUAAUGAAUGGAAAGGACGUUGUCGCAGAAAAGCGUAUAUACGUCUACCUUCCAGAUGAAACAGAGCAUACAAACCAUCCAGUUGGAAAGGACGCUGGCUUUCAUCAACAGCUCGAUCAUAGGGUGAUAGAGCAUAUCCAACACUUGGUUGCGGAAGGAGUGACAGACCCCCAGGAAAUGAGACGUCACAUAGAAAUAUAUGUCAAGGGUUAUCCCUUUCAGCUGGAUGGAGAGCAGCGACCAGAUAGAUCGAAUAGGAGGUUUUAUCCAUCUAUCGUAGACAUCCGAGGCCACAUGUAUCGUGCGCUCGUAAAACUUCGCUUUUCCAAGAUAGAUCAGGAGAACUUUCGAAGAAUCGUGGAAUCCUGGAAAGACAAUUCUGAUGACAGCUUCUUUUUUCGCCCCUACAAAAAAAGGUUAGACAUCGAUUUCGAGACAGCAAACAUCACAGAUGACACUUUCACCGACGACAUAACUAUCAACCAGAAGACUUCGGAAGAAAGACUUCUGUUCGUUCACCAAACACAAUGGCAAAAAAGACUUUUAUCGACUUACGGGAAUGAACUAUUCUUAUUGGAUGCCACGUACCGUGUGACAAAAUAUUCUUUGCCAUUGUUCUUCUUAGUUGUGCGUACCAAUGUAGACUACCAGGUAGUUGCGUCAUUUGUGAUACAGGACGAAACCACAGAAGCUAUUUCAGAAGCUCUAGCCAUGGUCAAGUCUUGGAAUCCUAGUUGGCAGCCCAAAAACGCCAUGACAGACAACUGCGACGAGGAAAUAAAGGCAAUCGAAUCCGUGCUUCCAGGAUGUAGCGUGCUGCUUUGUGAUUUCCAUCGUGAACAAGCGUGGCUAAGGUGGCUUAGAAAAUCAUCAAACGGCAUGUCUGAAAAAAGAGCAGAGAUCUUAGCCCGAUUCAGGAAAAUUGCACAAGCUUUAACCGAAGUCGAAUACCACGCUGCAGUUGCAGACCUUAAGAGAAGUCGUGUCUGGCAGGACGACAAGAGCAAGAAGCUAAGGCAGUGGUUUGAAGGAACCUGGCUUAAAGUUCAUAAGAGAUGGGUAAAGGCUUUCCGUGCACACAGACUGCUUUCCUUUGUUAACACAAACAACGGUGUAGAAAGGCAGAAUAGGACGUUCAAAUAUAAUUAUCUUAGGCAGUGCAGCCGUAACAGCCUCAGCACCAUGGUGAAGGUCCUUGUGGAACGUUUUCUGCCAGACAGAUACAAAGAAGGAUACAUAAAAAAGAACAAUACCUAUGCUGGAUAUUAUAGGAAGUAUGAUGCCACAGUUCCCUCUUAUCUACAGAAUCGCCCAGAGUUUUUUACUAAACAUUGUAUGGGAAGAAUAGCCAGUGCAUCCUAUCUUGAGGACAGGGAAGAAGCCAUUUUUGUGGUUGGUCCUGGCAAGUAUCAAAUACAAAGUGAGACCAAACAUGGAUAUUGGCACACUUUCACCUUUGGAACUGGAGAGGUUGCACCAUCUUGUACUUGCCAGGACUGGCAAUUAAAUGGCUUGCCAUGCAAGCAUUUGUUUGGUUUAUUAUGUUUCAAAGGUGAGAGCUGGGACCAGCUACCAGCCAACUACAGGAACUCCCCGUUUUUUACUAUAGAUGAAGAGGUCCUGUUUAAAUCGACAAAGAUCACACCAAAUAACACAGAUCCGGGUAACUAUGAAGUGCAUGUAAAUGUGCCAUCUUCUAAUUUGCCAGAAAUCCCAACACCAAUGUUCCCCAAACAAACAGAACUUUCCCAGUGCCAUGAUCUUUUAGCACAAAUUAAGUCAAAAACCUAUUUAGUUACAGAUGGUGAAGCCAUCCGCCACACAAAUGAAAAGUUGAAAACAAUCCUUCAGAAGUUACAGGAGUCAAUUUCAAAUGAAAGUGGGGUUGAUUUACGGCCCAGUCCUGCCAAAAAGCGACGACUGCAACUCAAGAAAAAGCCAGGCACAAAACCUGAAGCCAAAGAAUGUGUUCAGUCACAUUUACCUAUUAGACCAGGGAAAAGAUGCGUACAGUCAGGAAGAGUCGGGCAUAAAGCGGAGAUGAUGAAAAGACAAAAUGGGAUAAACUUGGCUCUUUCAGGAGACACAGUUGAAUGCCAUGUUGUCCAAGAGGAACAAGUGUUGGACAACUUCAACUGUCAGGAGCCAAUUGUGUUAACCUCCAGUGCCGUGCUUUCUAGCAGGAAAGCCCCAAAAGCUAAAUCAUCUAUGCCUACCAGCUCUGUUGUCCAAUCCAACCACAGAAGCACCACUGUUCACUCUACCAAAUCCAAUAUUGUAACUCCCUCUUUUAAGAAAAACACCAUCUUUGAGGAAAGUAUCAAACCCUCUGUCAUUUACAAAGACUCCAACAUGGAGUCAACCAACAUAACUCUGGGAAAAUAUAAAUCCCACCACAUAACAUACGAUAGCAUUUCAUCUAUAAAUGGGAUGCUUACUGAUGAAGUAAUUGACAGUUAUCUUGAUCUUAUCAGUUGCAGAAGUGCCAUUGGUAAGAAGUAUUAUGAAAAGAAGGAAGGUGCCAGUAAAUUCACGUUUUUUAAUUCACUGGGAGAGACAAGACAGGAAAAAGAAGUCAUCACAAGAAACUGGGGCAACUUCUCAAGAAUGAAAGACAUCACGUGUCAGUAUGUGACCAUUGACCACGACAAACAACAAGAUGGAUACACUUGUGGUCUUUGGUGCAUUCAUGCAGUGGAGCACCUAUUGAAAUAUGGCCUAAGCAAAACCCCAAGGAUCUCCCAGCCGGACUUUUUAGCACUCAGACUAAAUGUAGCCACACUGAUUUUAAGAAAUAUUGUAGUUGCAGACAAGAGGCAAUUCAAAGUAAUGCCUGUUGGGCAGAAGAUUAAAUUAACUUUUGAAUAGUGCAACACUUGUGACAGUUUUUGUUAUGUACAGACACAGAUUGGUUAAUUUUUCUGGAAGUUAUGCAGUUUCCUUUUGUGAAGUAAAAUUGUUUACAUAUUGACAUUUUCAAGGUGUGACUUUGAACUUCCAUGGGCCUGAAGGCCUCUG